AUGGGCUUGAAGUUACCAUUUCUUCUGGAAGACCUCAAAUUCAACAUUCCCGUGCCGUAUACGCCGCACGUGGACCAGCAACUGCUCGAAGUGACCAAGCAAAAACUCGCCUUAGCUCGAUACCCCGAAGAGCAGACAGAUUUUGGAGAGAAAGAUUGGUCUCAGGGAGCCAAGGUCUCCCGUAUAAAACAGUUGGCGGAUUUCUGGAAAGACCAGUACGAUUGGGAGGCGGAAGAGCGACGCCUGAACGACAUCUUCAGGCAUUUCCUAGUCAAGGUCGAUGUCCCUGGCUACGGCCCGCUGAUGCUGCACUUCACCCACAACCAGUCUGCCAGACCGAAUGCUAUACCAUUGCUCUUCUCCCACGGCUGGCCCGGUUCCUUUGUGGAGGCUAUUCGGGUGGUGCUUCCUUUGACUGAGCCCGAGGAUGCCAAAGAUCCAGCCUUCCACCUCGUUGCCCCGUCAAUUCCUGGUUUCGGUUUUUCACCCGCGCCCUCAAAAUCUGGCGUCGGCCCGAAUGUGGUCGCGCGCGCGUACAAGAUCCUUAUGACGGACGUUUUGGGGUACCCCAAAUUUGUGACCCAGGGCGGCGAUUUCGGCUCUUUCAUUACACGAGCCAUUGCCAUCCAGUACCCCGCACUUGUGCGCGCACAGCACCUGAAUAUGUUCCCGGUGCCUCCUCCGACUCUCUGGUCCGCACCGUACGCGUACUUGCGCUGGUGCCUGUCGGCGCUGACAUACUCAGAGUUCGAGCACGAGGCAUUGCGUGUGCGCCGGAACUUUGAGCAAGAUCAGAGUGGCUAUCUCGAGGAGCAGAGAACCCGGCCGCAGACGCUUGGGUUCGCGCUGGGGGACUCACCACUCGGGCUGCUUGCGUGGUUUGUUGAGAAGCUCCAUGACUGGGGCGACGUGCAUGAGGCGUUCAGCGAUACCGAUAUUAUUACUUUGGUGAUGAUGCACUGGAUCCAAGGCGCGACCCCUGGCCUGAGGUUUUACCGGGAGGCUUUCGGAUGCGGAAAACGUGAGGCGGAGAAGACCUUCGAGACUUAUGUGUCGGUGCCAUGUGGUGUCAGUAUGUACGUGAAGGAACAACUGCAUUGCCCUCGUGACUGGGCAGCCCAGGUUGCGAACAUUCACUACUGGCGGGAGCAUGACCGAGGAGGCCAUUUUUCGUCACUGGAGAGACCAGAUUUGUUUGUAAAUGAUCUUCGCUCUUUCUUCUCCUCCCCUGCGGUCAUGGAGUCAUAUGCUCGGCAUUAG